UUGCUGUUAUUCUGUCCAUGUCUCUUUUGGCCACUUUAAUAAUAUUAUCAUAUAACAAUUGUGCGCUUUUCAUUAACACUUUACCAUCUAUAACUUUAAGUCUAGACAAUUUAAGCCCUAGCACUAAAAAUUCAAAUACUGUGAUAGUGUCUUCAUUUUUAACAAAA